ACCGAGGCUUGUUCGGGACGCGGGGGUGGCUUGAUUACUUUUCAGUUUAACUGCGUACUUUUAAGCAUUCAUUCGACCUUUGGUUUUUCGCGUUGGUACAUAUCACCCAGGCCGUGCAACCCCAUCGUUUGUUUGUAUUCCGCGAGGAACUUGUACAAGACUGCAACGCGAAGAGAGAGAAGGAAAAAAAAAGGUGAAAAACGAGAAAGAGAGAGAGAGAGGAAAUGGCAGAUGCGAAAACGACUCAGCAAGUCGCGCUCGUCGUCGGCGCGUCGCGAGGUAUCGGCCGGCAGAUAGCUAUUGAUCUUGCCAAAGAAGGAUAUGCAGUCGUCGUAUCCGCAAAAUCCACAUCAGAUGCCUCCAGCACAACGCCCUUCCCACCAGACCCCAACUCGCGCGCCUCAACCAUAUCCACGGUUGCUCUGGAGAUCCAGAAAGCGGGCGGCACAGCAACACCCAUUGCGGUCGACACACGGUCAGCGACCAGCAUCUCGAAUCUCAUUUCGCAAACGCUAGCUACGCACGGACGGCUGGACGUGGUAAUCUACAACAGCGGCGCCAUCUGGUGGGCGCCCGUCUCCCAGACGCCUCUAUCGCGCUUCCAGCUGAUGCAGCGCGUCAACAUCGAGGGCCUAUACGCCGUUGUAUCAGCGUGUCUCCCGCACUUCGCCGACGCAGCCAGCACCGCGGCAAAAGGCCGAAUCAUCGUCGUAAGCCCACCCAUCUACUCGCGCUUCGUGCGGGGCAAAACCGCAUAUGCAAUCGGCAAAAUCGGCAUGUCCGUCUUCACCACGGGACUGGCCAUGGAUUUCGCGCGCGAAGCCAAGACCGAAAUGGCCAUAACCAGUUUGUGGCCUGCGACUGCGAUCCAGAGCGCGGCGACGCGGCGCGAAGACGCGCGGGACCUGCGCACCGCAAACGUGUUUUCAGAUGCUGUGCUGCAGAUUCUCAAGGCGGCGCCGCAGCACGUGAAUGGCCGGUGUCUUGUGGAUGAGGACUUUUUGCGCGAAACCGGCGUCACCGAGUUUGCGCGGUAUAGUGUCGUGCCGGGGAGUGUGCCGCGCAGAAUGAUGCCAGCGCGGUUUCCGGAUCUGAGUGUUGCCGAGCAGGAGGAUGAGGGCAAGCGCAUGGAUAGUACCGUGUUGAGGGCGUCAAAGUUGUAGCAGUGCAUGGCGAGACGCGACGAACGUGUGCGAGGGGAUAAUAAGUGCG